CGUAAAACCCCGACGAAGAAGAAGAAGAAGCGCGCUCAGAUCGUUUGAAAAACCGCGGGAAACGGACGACACGCACUUUCUCCUGCUUCGUUUAAACUUUCAACUCACAUAAGAAACACUGACUUGCCAACAUCACUCUUGAUCAUCAUCGCCAUGAAGAAUAAUAGCAUUUUGAAUUUCUUUGAGAAAAAGCAGCCUGGGAGUAACACUGGAGAUAGAAGAGCGUCACAAACUGCUGACAAUGCUCAGGGAAAAAAUCAUACAAGCAAGAAAAAAGGAAAGGGGCUUGGAACUAAUGGCCGUGAUCCACUAAAGGAAAGAACAAACCGUUUCUGUAAGGAGAAAGUGGAAGAAGGACAAUCAAAAAGUCAUCUGCAGCAGAGUGCUGAAGGGCAAAGCCACACUUUUAAUUUCCGCUACAAAUAUGAGAAACAUGCAGUGGCGUGUGAUACAUCCAAGACUGUGCUCGAUGCUCUUAAUACAAACAAGAUUUUCAGAAAGAUUAAAAAAGACAACAAGGAGAAAGAAAUAGUGAUCCAGAGAUGCAAAGGAGCAGCUCCUAGAGCGGCUGUCAAGACUGAUUUCCCCUGCUGUCUUAUUGAAAUACAUGAGCUCUUAGACAUAUCCUUCAUUAAAAAUCAUGGAAAUGUUGCUACAAAGAAAAAAACAACUGGAAGGCUUUCAUUCUCCAAUGAAUCAAAAAGCUUAGUGAUCUUUUACAUUAAAACAAAAGGAGGGAAGAAAGUGAAACGCUUAAUGAAAAACAAUGAGCUAAAGAAGAAGGUUGAAGAUGUUUGUGUGUACGCGUUCAAAGAAGACAAACUGAAUGCUGCUCUUCGGCGUGACGGACGAUUCAUCAAUGCCAUAUUCAAGAAACAGUGUGCACUCUAUAACUUGGAGAGUGAGACAAAAUAUGAAAUGUCAAAGACCGUAGAGCAUCUGGAUGGAAAGCAUUUUGAGAUCAUUGUUAUCAGUGACAACAACCAGCCAGAUAGCCAAGAUGGUGUCUUGAGUGAUGACAGCACUGAAAUCAAUGAAGCUUCAGCUGCUGAUUUGAAAGAAAAUGUUGAUACUAAUGAACAUCCCAUCAACACUGAACAAGAAGAAACACAGAAGAGAAACACAAUGAAAUCCACAAAUCCUUCAAUUAAUUCUCCUAAAAUAAUUCCACACUCCAAUGAGAUUCUAGCAAUUCUUCGUGCUCAGUUUAAAGAUUUACUGGAGACAUUAAAGCAGAGAGAGAACCUGAAGAACAAAUCCGAGAUCCUAAAGUUCUUUAGAGCAGAAUAUGAUAAAUGCGUUCAGAGUUUCUUGGAAGUAAAGAAAGUGAAGCAGCUCAUGAGACUCUCUGACUCUGUGUGUCAGAUUCGAGUGGAGGGAUCCGCCAGAGGAACCGGCUUCUUACUCUUUGACAGAUUCAUCCUCACUAAUGCUCAUGUUAUUGGAGAAUUUGACCCUUUCACCAGGAAACUUUCAAAGACCUUCACAGCAGUAUUUGGCUAUGAAGAUCUGGAAGCAAAGAAGACCAAGUGUGUGCUGGUCAAGGAACAUCUUGCAGCGUACCAUCAUGGAAAGAUCAACACGGGCCCAUAUCUUGACUUUGCUCUUCUUGAACUGAAAGACGCUGAUGAAAUCGCUGACUGUCCUGGAUUGCUCCGUCGAUACAUUCAUGGCCCCCCUCCUAACCGUGGUGGGAUCUGCAUUGUGGGACAUCCGGGUGAAGGGGUCAAGAAAAUGGACCCCUGUUUCAUCAUUGGGAAAGAGAAUCUACAAGAGGCUGCAGAUAAACACAUCUCUGAGAAUGUCAAUUUCAUUCACGUGAUGACACAACAGUCUUUGGCAGAGAAAUGGGAAAUGCAUGACAACCAGAUCAUUUAUAACUCUUGUUUCUUUCACGGAUCUUCUGGCUCUCCAGUUUUUGACGAAGACGGCUAUCUGAUUGGCGUGCACACCGGUGGCUACGCGUACAAAGGAGAAAACUGUAAAACUAGGAGCCUUAUGGAAUAUGCCUAUUCCAUGCAGCCCAUCCUGGAAAGCAUCAUCACACAGGCCAAGAAAAGUGAGAGAUCCGACAUCUUGAAAUUACUCUCUGAAUAUAAAUCUUCAAAUCUUAACUUGGAAGACAAUGAUGUGGACAUGGAAAAAGAUCCACAAAAUCAGGAAGAUUUUAUAUGAGUAAUGGGACAGUACAGUCUUGAGUCCUGAUUGAUGCCGAAUCUAUUUUUAUGAAAUGUAAAACUUUUCAUUGAUCUUGAGGUAUUCAGGCAUGUUCAACAUACAAUUUAAUUCAAUGAUGUAUAAAUUCUGUAUGAUCAUUGGAUGCCUUUAGGCAAAUGUGUCCAACUAUUCAUCCUUAUCAUUGGUUAUGAGUUCUUAUUUUCAUUGUUAAUCUGUUCUUUGUGUAACGUACAUUCUGUUUCAUUAUGUAGCAACCAGAAAACAAACUACAUCUUUGUUAGAUCAGACAGCAUUAUUGUGUUUGUAUAAGUCCAAAGGAUAAAUGAUAUUUAGCUUAAAUUCUAGAAAUCCUCCAAAGUGAUAGAUCGACCAAAAUGAAAAUUCUGUUAUAAAUUAUUCAGUCUCAUAUCAUUUCAUACCUGCACGACUGACUUUCUUCUGCGGAACACAAAAUAUAUUAAGAAAAAAAUUAUAGGAGUAAAUCAUGACAGAAUUUUUGGGUGAACUAUCCAUUAAAGGGUUAAUAAUAAACAUUGUUCUUCAAUAUUUUUGAUUGCUCCAGCACUGUUCAAUGCUGCAGAUAUUUGUACUUUCUGCUGCUUCAGAAAGAGGCCUACAGCUGCAUGUAUACACUGUAUAUCUUUUUAAAAAUUACGUUGAACAUUUUUUUGGAACUUUAUAUUUUGUGCCUCAUUUUCGCUAUAUUAAAUAA